AUGGCAUCAACCGCGACCGAAACCAAAAGGCCGAAUUUCCUAAUCAUCCUCGCGGAUGACCUGGGAUUCUCAGACCCCGCAUGUUUUGGCGGAGAAAUCAGAACGCCCAACAUUGACCGCCUAGCAGAGGAAGGCGUUCGGUUCACAAACUUUCAUGCCGCAGCAGCAUGUUCGCCUACGAGAGCCAUGAUCAUGACUGGCACCGACCACCACAUUGCCGGUCUGGGGAACUUGGUCGAGUGGUCAAGGGCUUCAGCUCAAGCUGCUGGGAAGGGCAAGGUGGUAUCCACCGCACCCCAGCGUGGAAUGCCGGGCUACGAAGGUUAUUUGAAUGAGAAAGUGGUGGCUCUUCCCGAGAUUUUGCAACUGGGUGGCUAUGAAACCUUCAUGUCUGGAAAAUGGCAUUUGGGCAUGACUAAGGAGCGCUCACCCACCGCGCGCGGCUUCGAGCGUUCUGUCGGAAUGCUUGCGGGAUGCUGCAACCAUUAUGCCUAUCAGCCGCCAGGGGAGAAUGAUAUGCCUGGUUUCAUGCAGACCUCACAUAUUGCUGUACACCUCGAGGACAAUGAAUACCUCAAAAGCCUGCCAAACAACUGGUAUUCAUCGGACUACUAUACCGAAAAGAUGGUAGGAUAUUUGAAAGAUCGUGCAGAACGGAAGGACGAGAGGCCGUUCUUUGGAUAUCUUGCGUUCACAGCGCCCCACUGGCCGUUGCAGGCUCCUCAGGAGCUGAUUCAGCACUACCGAGGCCAAUACAAGGAUGGACCCGAAGCCCUGCGACAGAGCAGGAUGAAGCGAAUGAUCGAAUUGGGACUAAUGGACCCCAAUACCCAGCCACACCCGGUCGUUGCGGACGAGGUUACAGAAUGGGAAAACAUGACCGAGGAGGAGCAGGCCAAGAGCUCAAGAAGCAUGGAGGCCUUUUCCGGCAUGGUCGAGUCCAUGGAUAUGAACAUCGGCAAGGUACUGGACGAGCUAGAGAAGCAAGGAGAGCUUGAUAACACCUUUGUGAUCUUUCUCAGCGACAACGGCGCAGAGGGCGCGGCAUAUGAGGCAUAUCCAAUGAUUCGCGGUCCACUUCUCGAGCAUCUCGAGAAGUAUUACGACAACAGCCUCGAGAACAUUGGAAAUGCCAACUCCUUUGUCUGGUACGGUCCACGGUGGGCAAUGGCCUCCACGGCGCCAUCUCGUCUAUACAAAGCAUACCCGACUGAGGGUGGGGUUCGCGUGCCUGCUGUCGUGCGUUAUCCGAAAUUCAAGAAAGAGGGAAUCUCGGACAUAUUUGCCACCGUCAUGGAUUUGGGACCAACUAUUCUUGAGAUGGCUGGCCUGACCCACCCGGCACCGGAGUGGAAAGGCCGAAAAGUGGUCGACAUGAGAGGCAGGUCCAUGACCAAAUGGUUCAACGGAAAAGACGAGACUGUUCAUGAGAAAGAUUUCGUCCAAGGGUGGGAGCUUCUCGGCCGUGGUGCUAUCAGAAAGGGAGACUGGAAGGCAGUUUUCAUCCCCAAGCCAAAGGGUACCGACAAGUGGCAACUAUACAACCUGGAAAAAGACCCAGGCGAGGUCAAUGAUCUUGCUGAGCAAGAGCCAGAAAUCCUAAAGACACUACUUGUGCUGUGGGAUCAGUACGUAUUAGAGAACGGCGUCAUUCCAAUGCAGCCCGAGUUAGGCGAGUAUGUCGAGGCUCUAGAGGAACAGAUGACGGAACAGGGUUGGAUGGAGUACGAGUUCUGGCAUCCGGGUGCGAUUCAAAACCCAGAGAAGUUCAUUAAGAAGCCACCAAGGUUCCCGAGUCAACGUCCGCAGAAGGCUGCUUGGAUGGAUUAG